AUGGACUCCAACAUCAACAAACUGGCGGAACCCAAACGGUCCACGAAGACCACGGAGCGUCGACGCCCAGCACCCGUACACCGAAUUAUCGAGACCUCUACCAUAUACGCCAUGCACGAGGGCAGUCACACAUUGGUCAACCCUUUGGGCGGCGGAGCGGAGGAGUGUCAGGGGAAAGUGAACCAGUACCAAAUCAUCAAGGAUAUCGGUUCAGGGGCGUAUGGGAGAGUGGUACUAUGCAGGAACGAGCAGGAUUCUCGAUAUUAUGCAUGCAAAAUCAUCUCCAAAUCUCGAUUACGGAAGAAGUUCCGAUGGUCGCAAUCACUCCCUGUCCGCGGUGGUUCGGCGGGCAGUGGGAGUGGGAGCUCCGGCAUCAACGAUCAUUUGGGCAGUAUCAAACGUGAGGUGGCCAUUUUGAAGAAAUUAUCGAAACAUCCCAACAUCAACGCCUUGGUUGAGGUUUUGGACGAUGGGAAGGAGGAUAACCUAUAUAUGAUUUUCGAACUUUGUGAGUACGGACCGAUCAUGAAGCUCCAGAUGCGCCAGAGUGUGAAUCCCCUAUCCGAAGAGCUGGCCCGCACGUACUUCCGUGAUGUCGUGCUCGGGAUUGAAUACCUUCAUUACAAGCGUAUCAUCCAUCGUGACAUCAAACCGGAGAACCUGCUCCUAAAGGCCGCAGCACCCUUUGGAAUUGUACAGAUUGCGGAUUUUGGGAUAUCGAAUAUGUUUGAGGACGGCGAGGAAGAGCCUAUCGUUGACGACAAAAACUCUUCCCCGCUAUUCACCCCGCCAGAGGCCUGCGAGAGUAAGUCGGACACCCGACAACUGCGCGGAUAUGCUAUGGACAUUUGGGCGCUCGGGGUGUCCCUCUAUUGCCUCACACACGGUCGCGCACCGUGGGAAGAUGAGAGCGUGGUCUUGCUUUACGAAAAAAUCGCGAGCGGAGCUCUAGACAUAUGCGACGAUCUUUCACCAAAUCUGAAGGAUCUUCUGACUCGCAUGUUGCGGAAGAAUCCUGAUGAGCGAAUAAGCCUUCAGGAUGUAAAACAACAUCCUUGGACAACGAAGGACGGCACCGACCCAAUGCUGCCAACCGAGGAGAACUGCGUGUUCGAAGAAGUUACUGAGGAAGAAGUUGAGAACGCUUUCCAGCCUGCGAUGAUGUUUGUCACAAAGGUGCGUGGCUGGUCCCGUUGA